CACCCGAUACAAUUCCGCCGGAAGUAGCUUUCGUCUCCUUCAUUCGUCAAUCUUUAAAUUGGUCCGUUGUAUUCCUUUUUCAUCACUUUUGUACGCCAAACGGUGGAACCUACUGCAGAAUCUCAUCAACUGGAAGAAAUGACUCCGAGCAAGUCCCCUGAACCCUCUGAUACCGCUGAAUCCUCUGGCCAAGCUCUCGAGCGAUACAUCGUCGAGCAGCUCUCUUCCCUUUCACUCUCCGCACCCCAAGAUGACAUCGAGAUGAUGGCGAGAUUUGUGGAAGAGGAGGGAUUGGAACGGGAUGAGAAAACAGAGGGUGUGAAGGGCAUGUUGGAAGGCGUUGUCGAAGGUGGCGUCCUCCCUGAGGAGGGUAUAGACGAAGUCCUCAACCAAAUUAUCGACGAACAAGCUCGUCUUCACCAACUCGACCUCGACCGUGCAGCCGCUGAGGAAGAAUCCGCUCGUUCACCAUCCCCAGAGUCCUCCAAAGUCAACGACAUUCUGGCUACGCUUACUCCCGAAGAACUUGCUGCUGCCCGACGCCAGGCGCUGUUAAGGCAAUACGCGUACGUCGAUUCCCCAGAUGAUGCCCCAGUAAGCUCGCCUUUUGGUGGAGAAGGCAGGCCUGAGGGAGCGCCUCCAAAGGGAGGCAAGGUGGCCGAGAAUGAGGAGAAGAGAAAGGCUGAGGAAAGAAGGAAGUUGAUUGAGGACGCUUUGCGGAAGGAUUCCAAGAAGAAGAAACACAGAAAGAAUGACGAGAUGGACUUGCUGGCACCAAAUUUGAAUAAGGAGAAAGCGACGUAUGUCAUGGCAAUGCAACGAGAAGCACAGAAAAAGGCGUCUCAGGAAAAGAAGGACCGCGAUAGGGCGGCUUUGGAGAAGCAAAGGGCGGAUCAAGCGAAAGCAAAGGCCGACAAGCAGAAGAGAGCUGCCAAGCAAGAACGUCGGGCGUAAGCAUGAGUCUCGAUUCUGUGCUUUGUAUUCCUUUGGAGAGACUGGGAUCUAUCCAAGGAGUCGGGUGGAGAUGAUGUUAUACACAUCGCAUAGGAGUUUACGCACAGGAGUUUAGAUGUGCUAAUCUUGAAAGUUGAAUGUAUUCAUCUCUCACCAAUGUCUGCCGCCAAUUGUUCAACCGCCCGCCGGGAGAUGCUACAAGAUAUUUUACUCUACAUUACAAAUGAAAAAUCGAAAAGAAAC